AUGACAGUUGAGAAGUGUGGCAUAUGGGUGUUGGGCUACGGCUCGCUGAUAUACAAGCCGCCUCCGCACUAUACGCACAGGAUUCCCGCUGUGAUUUACGGGUUCAUGAGGAGGUUCUGGCAGAGCUCGGUGGAUCACAGGGGCACGCCGGAUUCACCAGGCCGUGUGGUUACGCUGAUUCCUCAUGAUGAGAUCAUGAAGACACCCAGGUUUCUGCAAGACUAUGUCAAGUAUGAGAACCACGGGAACCCUAUCACCAACUUGCAGCCCAAUGAUUUGCACACCAUAGGUGUGGUGUAUUAUAUACCGGCAGAUCGUGCUGACGAGGUCAGAGAGUACCUCGACGUUAGAGAGCAGAACGGAUACACUUUGCAUGAGGUUGAAGUGCACUUGGACCUCACUGAGAGCGACUCUAGCGACCAAGAGCUUAUGGCUGCGAUCCACCAAUUGCCAGAGCAUGAGACUACGGGGAAGAAAGUCCUGACUACAAACGUGUAUAUAGGAACAGUGAGCAACGAGGCAUUUGUAGGACCAGAGACAAUUGAACAGACAGCAUCCGUCAUUGCCACAAACGUUGGUCCAAGUGGAACCAACUUUGACUACUUGCGUAUGCUAUGUGAGUCAAUGGCCUCUAUGAAAACAUGCGAAGAGACAGAUAAGUAUUUGGAACAUUUGUUCAAAGAGGUCAACAGAAUUAGAGAUACCUUGUAG